AUGUGUCAGGAUCAAAUGGUAGUUUGCGAUGAAGUGGACGAUCUAUUGACUCUGUUGGUUAUCAAACGAGACGAGGCAUCAGUUCAAAAUUUUAAAACAGGGAGUUUUAUGUGGUUUCAAAUUUUCAUUGAAGCCUUACAAAGAAUGAACGAUCUUGAUACUGCUAGGAGGGACCUAGUAUCUUUAUGUAAGUUAGUCUAUCGGGAUAAUCGUAUUGAGCUACGAAAUAUUGACGAAUUUCGCCGUGAAUACAAAGCCGGCGAUGCAAUUCGUUGGUACACCAGACCUGCGUGUUUUUACCGGCUUCUUAAUAGAGCAUUACGGUUUCAAACCUACGAUGCUAUUAUUUCUUUUCGCCUUUUAAUCAACAAUAUAUCUCGACAAUUAGAGAAUGAAUACCAUAAACAGAAGACUGCCAUAGAAACUGGUGGUGGAAGGUCAGUUCUCAUAGUGUAUCGAGGACAGCGUAUGGGUACAACGGAAUUCAAUGAAAUACGUAGUUCACGGGGUGAAUUUGUCUUGAUAAACAGUUUCUUCUCAGCCACCACAGAUAAAACGGCAGCAUUAGUAUUUGCUGGUGCAACCUCUACUGAGAAAGAAAUACCAGUUCUUAUAGUCAUCAAAGCAGAUAUGAAAAUUGAAGCAAAAGCAUUUGCUGAUAUUGCGCACUUGAGCGUAUUUCGAGAUGAAAGUGAAAUUUUAUUUAUGCUUGGUUGCAUCUUUUGUAUACGAAAUGUAUCCCAGAAUUCAGGAGAGAACUACCAUACUAUCGAGUUAGUGUUGUGUAGUGAAAGUGAUGUUCCCAUACGUUUAACAGACACUUUUGAUUAUUAUAUUAAGCACAAACUACCACCACAAACUGAUAUGAAAUCAUUGGCCCAUAGUUUGAGUCAAAUGAAUGAACUUAAAACUGCAGAAAAAUAUCUUAAACGCGCAUACAGAGAAACACCUGAUAACGAGCUGCAGCGACUUGAACCGAUGACUGGCAUGGGUCAUGUGGCUGAUGAGGUUGGUAAUUACAAAAUUGCGCACAUGUUCUAUAAAUAUGUAUUGAAAAAACGACAACAGUUACUACUACCUAACGAUUUAUUAAUUGGCGUAAGUCAUGUAAAUCUAGGAGUUGCUUACUAUGACUUAAAAGAAUUUGAUCUAGCACUGUUACAGUAUAAGAAAGCUCUACCAAUAUUUAACACGGGCUAUCCGAAAAAGCAUCCAGAUUUUGGACACGAUUAUAAUAAUGUGGCAGUAGCUUAUGCAGCUAAAAUCGAUUUAAGUCAUGCAAAUGAGUUGCUGAAGAAGGCACGUGAUCGGUUAAGAAAAGCUGGUGUUCCCGAAAAACAUCCGGUAACAGCUCAAAUUUUAUCUAAUAUAGGUGUCAUUUUCGGUAAAUUGGAAGAUUAUGAUGAAGCAAUCAGACUUCAACAGGAAUCACUUGAAAUUCGACAAAUUUGUUUACCCCCAAAUCAUACUGACACUGCCAAAUCCUUUCAUAAUUUAGGCAUUAUCUAUGAUAAAAAGAAUGAGCUUGAUUUAGCAUUAUACCAUUAUCAAGAAGCAUUGAGAAUGAUGACCAAAUGUGUACCACAAGAUUCACGAGAUUAUAAAAACACUCAAUUACGAUGGGGAUGGUGA